CCACGAGUAGCGUAGAUGCCUACAGCUGCCAGCUUUGCGAAAGCCCCUUCCCGGAGGAAGGAGAAGAAUUUGAGCUCAGAAGAGUUGAAGGAUAUUGAGCAGAAGCGCUUGAAGGGUGAGCUAUCAUGUGCAGAAUGCAGCUUCGUUGUGACAAGAAAUUGCCUUGUUCCUCAUGUCGGCGGCGGGGCUGCGAGUCCAUAUGUCCCUGUGGAACCCUCGAAGCUGGUGUUGGUACUCGGUUUAUACUUGCCUCAACCAACCAGCUUCAUUCUAAAAUUUCCCUUAUGUCUUCCCGUAUCCGUGCGCUCGAAGAUGCGCUUGCCAUAUUCCAAGCAAGUGUCUCAUCUGAAAGACAUCCUCUCCUUGAAGACGAAUUAUUGAAGAUCAAAUUCGGUUCCGAAGUCAAAGAUUCGGAGGACGAUCCCGUUAUUCUUGACUCUCCGGGGAAAAAAUCUACAACCGCUGGGGCAACGUCUCUCAAUCGCUCUGUCGAUACGACAACUUUGGACGCAUUUGGGACUUUGACAUUGGGGGAGGAAGGGGAGAUGAAGUAUUUCGGACGAUCAGCGGGCAGCGAAACGUUAAUCUUGGCAGGAGAGAAGUACGUGGAUUUUGAUGAAGAAUCAGUCGCCAGAUUAGGCUCAAACCGUGACCAUACUCAAGGCGAAUCUGACCUGCCCGAUAGUUCACUCGAUACAACAACUUUCCCCCCAAUUGUUUCUCAAACGAUAUCCCCUGCCCAUGCGUUAUCUUUCACUGAAGAUGACAAGGACGCUCUUCCAUCGGAAGUCUACGCUCUUGCGGUGGAUUAUGACCAAGGCGCACAAUCUCAAUCUCCCCUAACAGUCUCGGAUCUUCUUCAGCAUCUUCCUACCCGUUCCCGCACACAAACCCUCGCUCAAUCUUACUUCGACCAUGCUUCAUUGUUCUUCCGAGCCAUGAAAAAGGACGAGUUGUUCAACACCGUUUUCCCUCUACUUUAUCCUUCAUCGCCCUCAUCCUCAGCCAUGACCAGUAACACCCCCCCAACAACAGGCUCAAACCCAUCUGAAACACAAACUUCGAUGACAACAAGCUUCGAAGGUUUGAGCAGCCGCCAAUUACCUUCUCCACAUUUACUUUCUGCAAUCUUUUUCAUUCUUGCUCUUGGCUCCUUCUUUGACUUGUCUGCCUCAGUCAGAAAGUAUGUCCCUGAGAGCCAAAUGUGGUUUGAGUUGGGAAGGAAAGCGCUCAUUUGCAGUCGGGGAACCCAGCAUCUUGUCGUGGAAAAUGUACACUUACCAGAACGCCACCUUACGUUCGAAGAUGACAUUCACCCUUCGAACGCGACUUACCCCAAAACAGGAAAGAAUUCGACAUCAACAUUCGCGGCGCCGCCAUCUUCGGCAGAUGAUACAGUUCGUGCGCUAGGUCUUAUGGCAACCUAUUGUAGUAUGUCUGGAAAGAAAUAUGCAAGAGACAGCGCGUGGUGCGGAAUGAGUUUGGCUGCCAAGGUGGCGCAGGGGAGUGGAAUGCAUCGCGACCCAGCUCGAUGGCACAUGGACCCUGUAACGGUACAAAGAAGACGGGCGUUAUGGUGGGAAGUGUGUACAUCGGAUAUCAGCCAUAGCGUUGCGCUCGGACGGCCUCCUUCGAUUCAUUUGUCUUUUGUUGAUUGUGAAUUCCCCACCGAUGAAGAAGCAACGUUGAGCGAUACGGAGGGAGAGGUGAUGGGAUUUUGGCGAAUGAAAUACACCUUUGCUAGAGAGGGUUUCACACCUGUCAUAUCCACUACUCUUACAGCUAAAUCGCCAACAUAUUCCACCAUCAUGGAUUUAGAUCGUAAGAUUCGUGAAUUGUCUCUUCCACCUGGAUUUAAACCGUAUGUUAGUUUAUACGAAGACGGUCCGGAUAUAUACCAUGAUAGCCAUUUAGCGUUGAGAGACUUUUACGCCAGUCAACAUCGCACUGUCACCAUGCUCUACCUACAUCGCUCCUUUUUUGCCCACGCGAUGCUUACACACCCGUCGAAUCCUUUGAUGUCUCCUUUCGCGCUGUCGUUUCUAGCUGCGUAUCGUGCGGCGUCAGUCAUUAUUAAGGCUGCAGUUCACUUCUAUGACCGUUGUCCUGCAGUUGUUCCGCGAGUUUGGUUCUUAACAUAUCACGUAUUCAGUGCAGCGAUGACUGUCGGCACUGUCGUCAAGCGCUCACCGAACUCUAGCAUCGCCGAGAGUGCAUUGAAUGACUUGGGACAGGCGUUAAAUCUGUUCGAAAAACUCAAAGAAAACGCCGACCGGGCAUAUACUCAGUAUCUCACAAGAGCCAAAGGCUCUGUUUCCGCUUCUAUAUCCAAGACAACUGCAGCGAAUGAUACCUCUUCUUCUACUUCUACCUCUUCACAAGUGGUAGGAGAUGCUCAAGGAGAGCUAGACCCGUCCUCGUUCUCCAAGACACCGAUCGGCACCGACGACAAUGAACUAGCGAUAUGGGGAGGUAAAACGAGCCUUUUGAACGGGCUGGGUAAGAAGAAGAAGGUGAAAACUAAAGAUACUCAAAACACGAGUAGCUUGAAUGGCAGUUCUCCUGAUGUGUCCCCAACGUCAGCAUCGUCGUCACCCACUCAACAACUGUCAGUUCCCUACUCUUCUCGAAGUGGAGGGGAGGAAACCAACGUUAACACCAACUCUUUUCCUCCCCCUCCUGCCUCUUUUCAUUCGGAUAACUCAUGGAAUGAUGCCAUAGACGCACAGAUGGAUUUUGACGCAAAUAUUGAUCUGUCCUUGAUGCUCGCCAUGAAUUCGACCACAGCGUUUCCAUCGCAGAUGCCUUCUCAAUCAUCUUCAACAACAAUGGACGUCAAUAUGACAGAUUCCCUGUUAUCCGACUUUGGAGAUGUUGACUUCGGAUUCAAAUUGGGGGUCGGGUUUGGAGCCGGAACGACAGGAAGCCGAGGGUUACUCAUGGACAUGACCUUGGAGGAUAUUGGACCUGUCGGCCAUGAUCAACCGGCAUCGAGUUACCAUCAUCCGAAACAUUUCACUUCCCAAGCUGCUGCAUCUGAAAAUCAAUUGGUUUUGAUGGAGUAUCUUAGUGAAACUGCCCAUCCUACGCCAGCACCUUUACUUCCCGAUGGACCAUUUUCAUACAAUCACAAUGGUACAAAUCCAAACGCGACCGUGAACUCGAACACAAGUUUGCCUUGGACCAAUUCCGAUAUAUUUGCUCUUUCCGCAGGGCAAUUCAACGCCGCAUCUGGUUCUAACACAGGCAUGGAACUUGGUGUAGGUGAAACUGGUACAAGAGGACGUGAGUCCGAUUCUAGUAUCGCGGAUUUAUAUUAUCGGUUCUUAAACUACCUUGCUUCAAAAGAAGGUGCACAGAACUCCGCUGGUCCAGCUAUCUCAACGCCAUUGACUACAUCAACGAUGUCAAUAUUUCCAAAUAGUACAAGUUCGAGCUGGACAGGGUCCAGCGUAGGUCCUUUUCCUAUCCCAAGUGGGGAGGAUCAUAAUAUGUUUUUUGAGUCCUUGAUGGGGUCUGGGCCUCCUUUUGGUACCGGUACUCUCAAUGACCAGGAGAAUAAUAUUGGCAGCUACAGUCAUAGGUUAGAUCCAUCCAGUCCUUUAUGGAAUUUGAAUCUAGAUAUGGACAAUGCUUCGACUUCAGAUCCUGCAUGGACUGCUUUCAUGCGUGAUUUGGCUAAAUCAGCCUCGGAGGGACUAUAAUUCUGGAAGGAGGGAAGAAAGUUUAUUUAUACACGAUCGCCGGGUCCGGGGCAGCACUCCCUAUAUCACACCAUGUAAUGAUUUGAAUCAACUGGGUAUUUAUGGUACCACCGUGGUACCGUUUGCAUUCAUAUGCAGAGUGGAACAAGAAGGUAACUUUAGUAUACCCAUACGGGUUGCGGGGAUCUCU